CAAAAAUUCAUUACGUUUUAGUUUGUCGUACGGAUUGUUUCUUUUUUGUGAGAGCUCGUCGGAAAAAAAAGUUUGUGUUUUGCCUUUUGUAAGAAAAGGGAAAAAAGUUCGUAGAACGCGAAAAUGGGUGCCAUUUCUGAAGAUUCUGUUUCCGCUGCCGCCUCCGGUCAGAGCGUGGUCGUGAAGGAGGAGCUGCCGUCAGGCAACUACAUCCUGGUUGCCGUUGAGAUAGAUACCACUGGACGUCGUCUGGUUGAUGAGAUUGUCCAGUUGGCUGCCUACACAUCAAAGGGCAGCUUCCAGCAGUACAUCAUGCCGUAUAUGAAUCUGAAUCAAGCCGGUCGUCGGCGUCAUCAAAUUCGUGUGAUUUCGAUCGGCUUUUAUCGCAUGCUCAAGUCGAUGCAGACCUACGAGAUUAUCAAGUCCAAGUCGGAGGUCGCUGCCCUCAUGGACAUUCUCAACUGGCUUGAGACGCUGGUCGCCAAGCAGCCCAACAAAGAAGGCAUCGUUAUGCUCUACCACGAUGAGCGCAAAUUCAUACCCUACAUGAUUUUGGUGGCGCUCAAGAAGUACUCCCUGAUUGAUAGAUUCAAUCGGACGGUGAAGGCUUUUGCCAACACUUGCCCUAUGGCCAAGGCCUUCCUUGGCAAACAUGGUAUCAAGAACUGUGGUCUACGCAAGCUCUCGAAGCUCUUGGCCAAGUCGAAGGAUGGGAAUUCCACCAAGGAGGAUGAACACGAGAAUGUCGAAGGAAACGCCAUCAUCAACGAUAACAGAGGCCCCAAGAAUCAGAAGCAGGGCUCCUUUGAGGGGAGCGCCAAUGUGCGGGCCAAGAUGGUCUACGAAAUGGCCCUGCAGCUGAUUGAAUCCGAGUCUUCCGAGUCAUCCGAGGAGGCACUCGAGUCCUCGGAAGCAGAGGUUAAGUUGUUGAAUGCCGUGAAACCAUUCUCCCAUCUUCUCAACUCGACGGUCCUCGAGCUGAAAGACCGGAACGAUAGCCUGGGGCGCCAAAACUCAUUCCGCCCGAUCUUCUUGAACUAUUUCCGCACCACUCUGCACUAUCGUGUCCGUGCCGUAAAGUACCGCGUUGCGCUGGCCGAACAUGGCUUUACCCUGAAGUCUCUAAGGGCCAUUUGGUUUGAUAAGCGCAAGGCGGGCUUGGAGCUGGUUUUGACCCGAGCUUGGAGCGUGUGUGUUCGUUCGUUCAAAUCGUUCAAAUCGUUAAAGUCGUUUGAUAAAUGUUGCUAA